AUGAGAAGGAUCCACUAGUUGCAAUAGAACAUAACUCAAAGUGAUGCUAUUUGGGGCGAGGCAGAUCCGACUACGCGCUUGGUUGCCUCCCAAUUAAGACUCGAGAGUCGGAAUUCCCUUCGUUUUCCGACACGACUGGGUUCAAAUCGAACCCUUCAAACCUUCGAAGGGAAUGCGAUUUGAUUCAGUCUUCUGUCACCAACCUGCGACCCGACAGCGCUGCGCAAUUCGAUUGCGCAGGAGGAAGAGCGACAAUGUCCUACAACGAUUACGGUAGAGAUUAUGGAGGAGGAGGUAGAGGAGGAGGAGGAGGUGGAGGUGGUAGCCGGAUGAAUGAGGAUGUGGGGGCUUAUGAGCCCGACUACGAUGACAGACCGGAGUUUCGAGAUGGGUUCCGAGACCUUGCACCGCCUGAGCCGGGGCAGGAUUUGGGCAGUUAUGUGCCCGAUGUUGUCAAAACUUUCGUGGUUUACUUGUACAGGCAUAUCAGAGAGAAAAAUGUUUACGAGAUUCAUCAGAUGUACGAGGGGUCGUUCCAGAAGCUCAGCGAGCGUAUGUUCCAGAAAACGCCCUGGCCUGCUGUUGAGCUCAUUGCCCCUUAUGUGGAGAACGACCAUGUUUUCUGUCUUCUGUAUAAGGAGAUGUGGUUCCGUCACGCCUAUGCCCUCCUCAGCCCUAGUUUGGAGCAGAGGUGUGAUUCUUGGGAUAAUUACUGCAAUCUCUUCCAGGUUAUCCUCCACGGCAAUGUGAACAUGCAGCUACCUAAUCAAUGGUUGUGGGAUAUGGUUGACGAGUUCAUCUACCAAUUCCAGUCUUUUUGUCAGUACCGUGCCAAGCUCAAGUCCAGGGGUGAUCAUGAGCUCGCUCUUUUGCGUCAGUGCGAUGAGGUUUGGAAUGUUUACGGUGUUCUCAAUUACCUUCAAGCCUUGAUCGACAAGUCCAUGAUAAUCGAAAUACUUGAAGAGGAAAAGGACGGCACGGUUACAUUUACAGCCACAGAUGGAUAUGACUACCAGGGAGGGACGAAUGUUCUGAAGGUGCUGGGUUAUUUCAGUAUUGUCGGACUUCUCAGGGUUCAUUGUUUGCUUGGUGAUUAUCAUAGCGGUUUGAAGGCUUUGGUAGCUAUUGAUAUAAAUGCCCCAGGGGUUUACAGCACUGUCAUCAGUUGCCACAUCACAAUGAUUUAUCACUUCGGGUUCGCGAACUUGAUGUUAAGAAGGUAUGUGGAUGGAAUCAGGGCAUUUAACCAGGUUCUCCUGUACAUUAUUAAGACCAAGCAGUAUCAUCAACGUUCCCCUCAAUAUGACCAGAUUCAUAAAAAAAAUGAGCAGAUGUAUGCUCUUCUUGCCAUUUGCUUGUCUCUGUGCCCACAUGGCAAGCUGAUUGAAGAGAACGUGAACAACCAGCUCCGUGAAAAAUAUGCUGAUAAGAUGCUGCGGAUGCAGAGGAGUGAUGAAGCUGUGUUUGAUGAACUUUUUUCGUAUGCUUGCCCCAAGUUCAUCACCCCUUCUCCGCCCAACUAUGACGAACCUCUUGUAAAUUACAACCAGGACGCCUACAGACUUCAACUCAAGUUGUUCUUGUCUGAGGUUCGCCAACAACAGUUACUUUCAAGCAUACGUAGUUUCUUGAAGCUGUAUACGACUAUAUCAAUUGGAAAGCUUGCAUCUUUUAUGGACAUCGAUGAGCCGACCGUCAGGAUGGCGCUUUUUACGUACAAGCAUAAGACGCAUGUCAUCGACACUGACGGCACCGUGUUGUCUAAUGCUGAUGUAGAGUUUUACAUCGACGAUGACAUGGUUCACAUUGCUGAUACCAAAGUGACCAAGCGUUUUGGAGAUCACUUUAUUCGUCAUAUCAUGAGGUUCGAAGAUAUCAUCUCGGAACUGGAGAAAGUGCAAUUAGAGUAAAAGAUAGUAGGUCUAGGAUGAGAUGUAAAGAGUUCCGACUAAGUGGUGCAACGGUUGUUGCUCUUCAGUUUCACAAUGUGCUCUGAUCGACCUCCCUUAGGUAUGUAAUUAUGCACCUCUCUGAUUGAAUACUGUAGCUAGGUUUGAAGGUGAGUAGAACAGAUAUCAAGAUUUAUCCUCUUCCAAAGCUAGGUUGAUCUCAGUUUCGGCUUGUUCUCCAUAACACUAGUUAUGGUCAUCGCCUGGAUACUUUAUAUCAACACUGAGCCGGGGAAGCUAGGUGUACAUGUAGAAAGGAGGUGAUCCAUAUAUUUAUACGACCUUACAGACAGCGAAGCAAUCAGUGUAAUGACUUUUUAACGGAGUCAUCUCAGUGAGGAAGGAUCAGAUACGUGGUAGUUUCGAUGAGGAGGUCUUGGUGUGCACGGCUUCUGAGCGGUAUUUGAAGACGAGGCUCUUCAAGGAUUUUUUACAAUAUGUUCGGCAAUCUACAUAUUUGUCAAGCUUUUUGGUCGAAGGUCGCGCUAUCUUUGUGUA